AUGCUCGAACCGCAGUUCUUGAAAGGAAGCGAUGGAGAAGCCGCUGGGGAGCUAUCCCAUCAGAAUCCAGAUGAAUUGAUGAGAUGCCCAUGGUAUUGGGGUGACGUGGGAUGGGCGGGAUCGGAACGUCUCCUCGAGCCAUGCCCUGUGGGCACGUUCUUGAUCCGCGACUCGCACAACGACUUCAGCCUGUACACAUUGUCCUGGCGGGAUACUGAAAAAGUGCUGCAUAGCCGUAUCACGUCAUCAUUCCCGCGGGGAACGUCUUCGGCAAUCGCCUGGCAUCUCCAAAGCGAUUUGGAGGGAUAUGCGGCCACUCUCGCGAUUCGCCUUGCUGCCCUCCUUGAAGUAUCUCUGCCGAUUAAAAAUCCGCCUCGACUGCACGAA